CAACAGCACCGCCACAACGCUCGCAAUUAUACAGAAUAACGCAGGUCUUCGUCUGCAUAGCCCGGUCCUUACGCAACGCGAGUCGUACGCUUUUGCCUGUGCCCGAGCCCCAGCAUCCGCAAUCCCGACAGCCAAGUCGCCUGAUAUACUAGCCCGAGAGCUGUCCUCAGCUUGUGCAGUCAACAAAGCUACUGGCAACGAGCUGCGAGACCUCCACUACUACUUUUGCGCGCGCAUCACGACUAGUCACGAAGCUUCUAAGAACACCGAAUCGCAGACAUGACACUUGCUGAGGAGUUCAAGUCGAGGAAUUUCAGUAUCUACGGUCAAUGGACCGGAGUGCUGUGCAUCUUCCUCUGCUUUGCGCUUGGAAUCGCGAACAUCUUCCACCCGACCUUUGUCAUUGCGUUUAGCAUUGUAUGCUUAGUCUCUGCAUUCAUCAUCGUGUUCAUCGAAAUCCCGUUACUCCUCCGUAUCUGCCCAACGUCCGCGAAGUUCGAUGGCUUCAUCCGCAAGUUCGAGACGAACUACAUGCGCGCUGCAAUCUACUUCGUACUGAGCGCUAUCCAGUGGAUCAGCAUCUGGCCUCAGGCUACAAGCUUGAUCGUCGCCGCCAUCUUCCUGCUGAUCGCCUCGAUCUUCUACGCGCUCGCUGGUUUCAAGGGCCAGGCGUUCCAGGGCAGCAAGACGCUUGGUGGACAGGGUGUGGCUCAGAUGAUCAUCUAAGAACUAUACACCACGUACGACACAGUGUAGUAUGGAGAGUCAGAACCUCACAAUGGAUGCGAGGACCAGUACAGCUGUCGAUCGAAGAUACAGUUGGGCAAGUUGGAGAGGAACAGGCGCCACACAGAGUCCAUAGAGAUUACUUUGGGGCGUCGAUGGAAGUCAGAGGCUGGGUUGUGUACCACCAUUUGAUACCAGGGCGUUAUCUGGGUUUGAUAUGUAGCAUUUGAUGUGAUGAGACUAUCAUGAGAAUGAUUGAUUCUGUUCAACGAUUGGGAAGCUCAUGCCUUUCACAUUGUGGGGCAUCUACGUAACUGUCUGGCUGGCUGGCCGGAGCUACUCAGGGCCCACAGGUGACGGCAUAGCAACGGUUUCUAGCUGCCACUGACAGUGCCGAAUCGACGUCGAGCCCAAACGUUCAAACGGACGUAAGCUAUUCUGGGAGAG